ACCUAGUCUAUUUUCGCACAAUAAGGGAGUGAUGUUUCUCUCCCUCCAUAAGUGAAGUUAUACUCGACCAAAUAAUGUGAAUGAAGUGUCCCUGGAUAGACUUUGAAGUCUACUUUCAUUAUUGAAUGGUUUCUGAUCAAGAAUAGAGAGUUUUACCGACAAUAACCGAGGUUGAGUGAACCGCUGCGUACAAACUCGAGCAGUGGGAGUGUUGGUAUUGUUUGGUUCAUAUCUCGAGUUAUACUAAUACAAAUAAGUCGUAUAAGAUACCAAAAGAAAGAUCUCAAGACUAGGAAUCCGUGAAGGUCUGUUUUGCAUCAAUCGGAGUAGUGGAAGGCUUCCAAAUCGUCCGGACAAAACACAAUCUUGCAGAAACAGAUUUACUCUUCUAAAGAAAGAGUUCGCCGGAAAACACCCAUUCUAGGGGCUGUUUUCUUAUCGACGUUUAGGGUUUGAGCUAGCACUUUGAGGAGGCUGUUUAACACUCAUAUUUAAGCAAGGAACCGGUUCUUAAUCCACCUUGACCGAAGCUUUGACCAUUGGAUCAAGAAGGAAAAGUUUAAAGCUCAAUUAAGGUGAGGAUCAACCGAAGAGGGGUGUGAAGCAAGGGGACCCUCUAUCUCCCUUUCUUUUCAUAAUUGCAUCAGAAGGCUUUUCUAAGGGGUUGAAUCACAAAAUGAUGGAAGGAAGUAUAAAACCUUUUUGGAUGGGGAACAUUGGAUAUCCAAUUACUCACCUGGGGUUUGCAGAUGAUCUAUUGAUAUUCCUUAAUGGGGGAUCCAGGUCUUUGGUGAAUUUUAAAAAGUUCAUUACAGAUUAUCAGUCAGCCUCAGGUCAGACAGUAAACCUUCAAAAGAGCUCUUUUAUAUGUGGCAAAUCAGCCUUGGGCAGAAUUAAUAUUAUUAGAGAUAUGCUGGGAAUGAGGAAAACUGAGUUGCCUAUGAAAUACCUGGGGGUGAAUUUACAUAAGGGGGUUAAUAGAUUCAAGUUCUGUGAAAAGAUUAUAAACCAGUUUGAUGAGAAGCUUUCUUCUUGGAAGCAAAAGAACCUCUCUCAGGGGGGAGGUUAGUUUUGAUAAAACAUGUCCUUAAUUCUAUACCUUUACA